ACGUAGCAGUCAAAUGGAAUGCUACUGGAACUUUCCACUGGACAGUAUAAAAGCUGUGAGCCCUAGUCUGCUCGGGACAUAAGCUCUCAGAAACACACUCAGAAACAAGAGACCAACAGAGACCAGCAGAAACGACACAGACAGAGUUGAUUUGAAGAUGCUUUGCCCCAGCAUGAUGCAGCCUUCCCUCAAUCCAAUGAGCCCAAUGAGCCCCUUCAUGGACUUCCACUGGCCCGUCCGCAGCCUAUGGCCAGAGACACGGCCUCUCUUCUUCCAGAUGGAGCAGGAAAUUAUGAGAAAUAUGCAAGAGAUGAGGCACAAUAUGGAAUAUAUGCAACGACUGCACCAAAAGAUUUUUGAAGACAUUGAAGGCCCAUUAUCUUCAAUUGACUUCAAGCCCAUCGCUUUCCAGGUGGGAAAAGAAAACAACCGUUUUGCAUUGACACUAAACACUAAAGACUUCUCCCCAGAGGAGCUGUCUGUCAAGCAGGUGGGCAGGAAGCUGAGAGUCAGUGGGAAGACAGAGAAGAAGCAGGAUGAUAUGGAAGGCUCUUACUCUUACAGAUGCCAGGAGUUCAGACAGGAGUUUGAUCUACCUGAAGGGGUGAAUCCUGAGACAGUCACCUGCUCUUUGAACGAUGGACAGCUACAGAUCCAGGCACCAAAAAUGGUGGCUGUGACAGAAGGCAAUGAGAGAGUGGUUCCUAUCACUUGCUUACCAGCCAUAACCUCACCCGGCGCUGCAGCUGAGAGCACUACUGUAGAGGCAGAGCCCAAGAAGGACUGAUUACGAUGACUCUGUAUCAUGAUAUACUGUAGCUAAUACCAUUAGCUUAAUGGCUGGGCAAUAAUAAAGAACUCCCAUGAAUACCAUUUAAUUCACUCACGUCUGUACUAUCUCAAGUAAAUUGCUAUUUUGUGAAAUUUGAUGAACGCAACAUCAAUAAUUCUCAAUGGCAUGGAAUGUAAAGCCAAUGUUUUUGCACAUUCAAUAAAUAUAGUUUUUUUUUUUUACAAAGUU